GAGUUAAGCCAAAUAAAGGAAAAUAGAGCGAGAAACUGAUCAAAGAGAAAAUUGGGAUUACUAACAAAUAUAAGACGAAAUUUUUUCUUCAUUUUCGCUUUCAUUUUCUUUUGAUUGGAGUAUUUUCUUCUUCCAAUGGCGUAUGAAUAUAGUAAGAUAGGUUCGUCUUCUUCAGCAUCACCGUCGUCUUCGUCAUCUUCCGCGGCAGAUUCGUACGUAGGAAGCUUGAUAAGUUUGACAUCCAAGUACGAGAUUCGAUACGAGGGCGUUCUUUACUUUCUCAAUCCUCAAGAUUCGACCCUUGGCUUGAAGAGCGUGAGGUGUUUUGGAACAGAGGGACGAAAUAAAGAUGGUCCUCAAAUUCCUCCAAGUGAUAAAGUGUAUGAAUACAUAAUGUUCAGAGGAAGUGACAUUAAGGACUUGCAAGUGAAGUCACCUCCACCUUCUCAAAAAGAGGAGCCAAUACACAAUGAUCCUGCUAUUAUUCAGUCACACUGCAGUAUGAAGUCUUCAAGUUCAUCAAGAUCAGUUUCAGUUGGUGGUGGAUCAUUGACGGAAUUCAGCUCUUACCAGGAACCCCCUGCUUUAACCAGUAGAGGUUAUCCUGGCGCAUUGACAUCAUAUCAAACUGGAGCCCAGGUGGGUCCAUCUGGUCAUCUGCAAACAAGUCAAACUGCCAAUAUGGCAUCUUUUGUGAUGCCAAUGUUUUGGCAAGGACAUGAUGGAACAUCGAACAGCAUCUCUUAUGCUCCCCAACACCCCUUUCCAAUUGUGCCCAUGUCUGCGUCUACUCAGGCACCUACCACCUUGGUGUCAACAAAUUUGUCGGAUAGUGUUGCUCCUGCAUCUUCAUUGAUCACUAAUUCUGUAAAUUCAAAUAUUAUAUCAGGUCUUACUCCAGAACAACAUUCUACUUUCCCUACUAAUACACCUCCUUCAUUUAUGAAGCCAUCUAUGACAUCUCAUCCUGCACUUUUGACUACUAAUGGAUCAUAUAUUUCAUCUGGUCAAGAAAUGAACACCAUCAAAGCUCGCACUAUUGAUAAAGCUGGUUUUGAUCCAGUAAAGGUCCUCUCUGUUCAGUCCUUGCCAUGUUCUGUAUCUUCAGUUGCAGAUUCUACAUCAGGUCCCUUGUUAAAGCUGCCACCUACUUUGUUAACUCCAGAUCAGUUAACACAGCCUAAACCCCGUCUACUUUCUCCUGCUCAGCAAUCCAACUCUAGUCAGAAGGAUAUAGAUGCCAUGUAUUCAGCAUCCCCUAAUUUUCCGCUCUCAAUGACUAAUCCAGUAGUUCAAGGACCACUGUUACCAUUGCCACUUUCUGCACAACAGUCCCAAUAUUCUAUGCCGCAGUUCACUGAAGAAUUCGACUUUGAAGCCAUGAAUGAGAAAUUUAAAAAAGAUGAAGUAUGGGGCUAUCUUGGAAAUGCUAAGCAACAGGAUGAAAAGGUGGGGAUGGUGGAAAAUGAAGCUGGUCAAAACUUGGGUGAUGAAGUGGUUCAUGGCUCGGUACAGAAGUUCGAUUCGAGAUCUGCAUAUAAUAAGGAUGAGUUUUUUGACACAAUAUCCUGUAAUUCGCUUGCCCGCGGAGGAAGGAAUGGACAAAUUAGGUUCGUAGAGAGAAUGAAGAUGGAUACUGAGACUUUUGGCAAUUUCCAGCAGAGACCUCAUCUAAGUUAUGGUGGUCAGAGAGCUGGGCGUGGUGAGGAUUACCGAGGCUCUUAUAGCAGGGGAAGGGGAUAUAACUAUGGUGGGAGGGGCCGUGCUGGGAACUGGAGGAUGUGACAUUAUUUGAGUGUUAAUGCUUCAAAGGUACAUGCUUGCUUGUGUCUAUAGCAGUUACGCUUUUGAUCUUUAUUUCCUUCAUCAACUGGCUUCUGAGAAAUGAAUCUUGGUAUAAGAAUCUCCAUAUAAGAACCACAGAUACGUUGAUGGUUUUGCAGUUUUUGCUUGGUAGGGACAAGGGAAGCUAACAAUUACGACUGGUUCAUGUGCUUCUUUUUUUUUUUUUGGUAA